GAGUUCAUGAAAAUCGGUCUUAUGUCGUAGAAGAAUUUCAUAUCGCUUCAAUCAGAAAAGUUUGUUAUUAUGCAUUGGAGUCUUUUUACGUCAUCUCACGAUUCAUAUUUCUGUGAAUUGAGCAAUAAAAAUUGAAGGGUGUAGCAUGCCGUUAUCUAUUCGCUAUCUUUUCGCAAAAGUAAAUAAGAGCAAUCUGCAGACUUGAAUAGACUUGCUUCGAAGGAUCUUCAUAUAUGUAAUAUGUGUUGGUGCGGUUGGUGCUUCCUACUAGACGUUGCGCACGUGUGUGUGCAUGACAGUUGCCGUUGGCUGCCGUAAUGGUUCCGAUAAUGUGGGCGUGUAUGUGACCCAUGUGUGGCCUGUGCGGUACUUCGUGUUUCUCCAAGUUCCGAAUACCGGUUCGCGCAUUAUUCUGUCGACGAUCUUUCAACGUUUCAUCCCUCCGAUAGCGCUGCUUCGUUCCUGACCCCGCAGUCAUUGGUCACUUUUUUUCCUCAUUUUGACAGAUUUAUGAGUAGAUAAACGUGUGCAUUAAUGCGUGCUGGACUGCAUUAUGCACUGAUACUGCGUUAAACCACAACACGCCGGACGUGAUAUUUUUAUCAGUCAUGGACGAUUCUACAGAAGCACAAAAGUGGCAGCAACAUUUGUCUCUGCUGCGAGAACAGUACGUUAGUUUGUAUAAUGCGAAUAUAGAGCUGCAAAAAGAAUAUGCCAUCGUUACAGCUGAGAAACAAGAAGGUGGAUUUGUCAAUAGGCUUCUGACAACAGUGGCAUCGUUGUAUUGUCAACAUCGUUAUAGUGAUAUAAGUAUAAAACUGAUUGAUCAAGAAAUACCGGCGCAUAAAUUUAUAUUGUCUGCUAGAACUGAUUUCUUCAGUGAUGCAGCUCUUGUUGAAAAGCUGUUUUAGGUAAUUAUGUAUUGGAGCAAUUUAAAUAGCGCUGUUGCAUUAGUACUGAUAAAAUGGAUUUAUACGGGCAAAGUAUCUCAAGAAAAGUUAACAUUAGAUCUAAUGAAAGCAGCAGCUGGCUUUCAGCUGUCAGAAUUGGUAGAUCACUGCGAGAGGUAUCUAAUUGGCAUAGUAGGAUUGAAAGAUUGUGUGGAGUUAUAUGCAGCAGCUGAAGAAUUGGGUACUACGAAAUUGAAAGAACAUUGCAGUUCUUUAAUUUCAGCACAUUGGGAAGAUUUAACGGGUGAAGAUUUCAAAGAGAUGCCAGGUUCACUUUUGUACAAAUUAUUGCAAACUAAAAGUAAAAAUCCUUUGCAUGCAGCAGUACGUUUGAUGCGAGAGGACGUCGUGUUUCUGUACUUAGUGGAAAAUAACGCUGAGCUUCCCAAGGCAGUCAAUGCAAUAGACCACAAAGGAGAAACGGCUCUAGAAGUUGCUCUGAAAACUCGUCAACCAUCUCUGGCUCGCACUUUGGUUGAACAUGGAGCGGACUUGGGUGCAAAGGAUGCAAGAGGUCUUUCUCUCCUUCAUUCGGCCAUUCUGAAAGGGGAUUCUUAUUCGUCUGAAUUCAUAAUUGAUCAGCUGGAAAACAACGGCGGGGCGCAGAAAUUAUGCGAGGCUGUAAGGAUUAUCGAGGGUGCGAAAAAUGCAGCAGAUCUUAAACAGCUGGAAGGCAGUACUGCCCUACAUCUAGUGGCGAAGCAUAAUACAGAAAACAUGGUAGCAGUUGGAUCAAGAUUACUUCAAGCGGGGAUUGAUCCGAAUUUACAAGAUCGUAGAGGAUGGACUGCACUUCACAGUUGUAUCUCGGAGAGAAACCAGAUGCUGUUCGAUUUGUUACUGGAGGCGAAAUUUAUAGAUUUAGAUCAAAUCACAAACGAAGAUGAAACACCGUUGUGCUUUGCGAUGAAGACGGACCCCUUCAACGAGUAUUUUGCAUCGAAACUAUUGGCUAAGGGCGCCAUACCGAAUCCGACUUACACCAUCGGAGACACUCUGCUUCACGUUUUGACACGAGAACGCAGAGAAGAGGCGGCGUUAUUUUUAGUUGAACAUUGUAAGAAUAAUUUGUCGACAACCAACAACGAGGGUUUCACGAUACUGCACGAAGCGUGCAAAGUGGGCUUGACAGAUUUGACUCGAGCUCUCUUAAAGAAUGGAUUGUCGACCGAUGUCGUCACCUUUUCCACUGGCGACGCACCGAUUCAUUUUGCCAUUUCGAAUCUCUACACCGACAUAGUCAUCGAAUUACUGGAGGCUCCCAGCUUGAAUUCGCAAUUAACUAUUAAGAACAAUGUGAAUGAGACGCCUUUGAGCUUAGCUAUAAAGGCGCCGUUCAAAAAAGGCAAAGAAAUCGUAUUGGCUUUAAUAAAAGCUGGAGCUGAUGUAAAUGAGCGUAACAAGGAAGGCUUAACAUUGUUACAUCAAGCGAUACUGAAGGAGGAUUCAGCUACGGCCAUAUUUCUUUUAGAAAACGGCGCUGACAUGAAUGCAAAAACAGCUAAUGGAGAAACGCCGCUGCAACUGUGCGUCCAUUGUAGACUAGGCGAAGUGGUGGAAGCUCUUUGCAGACGGGGUGUAGAUACUUCAAUAGGAUGCCCGUUGUGGGACGCUUUGGAUUCGGACCAAGAAGAUACAGCAUCAAUCUUGGUAAAACACGGAGCGGACACCGAUUGUUGGGGCCCUGGUCCUGAUGGCUGUCAACAAACGCUGCUGCACAGAGCCAUCGACGAUAACAAGGAGGACGUUGCACAAUUUCUAAUCAGAAGUGGAUGUGAUUUAAAUGCUUCGAGACGACCUGGUCCGGAUGGUUCUGGAGGAGAUGAGGCAAGAGAUGAAUGUACGCCGUUACAUCUGUGCUGUCAAUGGGGAUUGGAACAAGUCGUUCAGACGCUCAUCGAACAUGGAGCCGAUGUAAACGCUCGCGACACGGAGGGGAAAACUCCCGUGCACGUGGCGAUACAGAAUCAGCAUUCGCAGAUUAUUUCUCUUCUGUUGUGUCAUCCGAGUAUAGAUCUGAACAAGAGAGAUAAGAAGGGACUGACACCGUUCGCGACCGCCCUGACAGUCCGCAACAACAAAGCCGCACAAGCAAUACUAGAGAGGUUACCUAAAGCCGCCGAGCAAUACGACAAUAAAGGCAGAAACUUCUUGCAUACUGCUAUACAGAAGGGUGACAUGGAAAGCAUCCUGUUUUUACUAUCGAUACAAGUAGACGUAAAUUCCAGAAUACACGAUGUUACGCAAACGCCUCCUCUGCAUCUCGCUGCUGUGUCUGGAAACGAGAUGUUAGUGCGGAGUUUAAUUCUGGCGGGUGCUCGCGUUAACGAUACAGAUGCGAACAGGAAUACCGCGCUGCAUGUAGCGGCUAAAGCAGGACAUGCCACCGUUGUAUCUGCGCUGUUGCAAAACAAUAUUAACUUCGAUGCGGUAAACGCAGAUGGCGAUAACGCGUUGCACGUAGCUGUAAGAGAAGGUCAUGUGUCGGUGGUGCGAACACUACUAACCGAAUGCACGCUUGAUGCGGAAGCUGUGAAUCUCAAAGGCCGUAAUCCUCUCCACGAAUUGGCCAGAUGCGCGAGGGACAACGCUGCAACGAUAUGCGAUCUAUUUUUGGAAUGCAUGUCGCAAUAUCCAGUCAAUAAUGCAGACUUGGAUGGAAACACACCGUUGUUGAUUGCGUACAUGAAAGGCAAUGGUAAUCUCUGUAGAACAUUAGUGAAAGCCGGAGCAUGCUUAGGUUCGAUGAAUAAAGAUGGAAUUACAAUCUUCAAUUAUCAAGUAGCAACAAAGCAGCUACUAUAUAGACUGUUAGACUCAUUAACGCAGGAAGCGCCGUGGUCUGAUAAAGAUUGCUGCUUGGAAUGUGGAAUAAAGUUUUCUCUCACAAUGCGCAAGCAUCAUUGCCGACACUGCGGACGAAUUUUGUGCAGCAAGUGUUCGGGUCAGGAUGUACCAAUUUUGAAAUUCGGUUUAAACAAGCCAGUACGCGUAUGCAAUGUAUGCUUCGAUGUACUGCUGGGUACUGAAUGAAAAGAAUCUUUGUAGUUAAAAUAAGAAUUUAUAUAUGAAAACUGAUAGAAAGAUCAUUCCGAUGUUUUUUAUAUAAAAAAGAAAGAGCAGAACUGAACCAAAAGUCUGUGUGUAAUUAUAUAUCAUUGAUAUUUUAUGCAUCCUAUUGUAUACAUUCUAUUUAUGUUAAGAUUUGUUAAAAUUCUCUUAUAGGGUUGAAAUACAGAUGAAGAAACUAUA